AGUCGUGUUUGUCGUUUUGUGGUUGCCACCCUGGUGUGCGUGUCACUGUCCUCCUCCAGUUCCUAUUUGGAUUGCCUGUCCGCCGGGGGGCGAGUCGGGGUGUGUCUGCGAGCGAGGGAGCGAGUUUCAGAUAUUGUGCACACAAGACACUGCGAGUGGGAUAAAGAAAUGCAGCAAGACCCGAAAUUGACACCUCGCCGAGUAGCACAGUGAACUGACACUUGUUCGACCCUUUCGACAGAUCGCCUGAAAACAUGAAGAAAAGCCAGAGCCCAGCCAAAGCACUGGCUUUGGCUCCGGCUGAAGUCAAUAUGUCAGACAAGGAGGUCUCUGUGCAACAACUCAACGAGCUGUUAUCAAAUGGCAGUGGAUUUUAUAGCCUACCCACGCAACAUUUCAACGAGGUCUUCCCCAGGAUUUACGUGGGCAACGCAUUUGUGGCCCAAAAUGUGAUGCGGCUGCAACGGCUCGGGGUGACCCACAUCCUCAAUGUUGCCGAGGGCAACUCCUUCAUGCACGUCAACACCAACGCGGAGUUCUACGCCGGCACCGGCAUCACCUACCACGGCCUGAAGGCCAACGACACCGAGCACUUCAACCUCAGCGCCUUCUUCGAAGAGGGGGCCGACUUCAUCGACAAGGCCCUGGCGCACAAGGACGGUAAGGGGAAGGUGUACGUGCACUGCCGGGAGGGCUACAGCCGCUCGCCCACCAUGGUCAUCGCCUACCUCAUGCUGCGCCACAAGAUGGACGCGAGGACGGCACUGGCGACCGUGCGGCACAAGCGGGAGAUCGGCCCCAACGACGGCUUCCUGCGCCAGCUGUGCCAGCUGAACGAGCAGCUUGCGAAGGAGGGCAAGCUAAAGACCAAGUGAGGUGGGGGGGUGGGGGGCGGCCCUCGCACGUCGGAGGCGACCCAGGCCCCCGCCCGACCCGACCCGACCCGACCAGGCCAGCGCACCCACUUCAUCACGCCAACGUCUCCACCCGCACAAGCACGCCCUUGGGUCCGCUGUCCUGGCUGGGCUGUUGUUGUCAAGCUCCGCCCAACACAGAGGAGGGGAGGGGUAAUGGGAGGAGCCUCUUGUCCUUGCAUCUGCACUGUAACCCCUCCCCCUAUUCCAUUUUUAUUGUGUUUCUGGGGGUCCUUACAAAAUGUCCUACUGCCAGUCCUCACAGGUUGCAUUUUACUUUUUGUAUUACUUUUCAAAGUAUUGAAGCUUUUUUUAUUUGCAGGCAAAAUUUCAGGAGCUUUUGUUCAGAAGCUCUUGAAUGUUUUCUAGUUUUGCCCAUAUGUGUGAGGUUGGGAGAUUUGUAAAAAUUUAGAAUUUUUCUCUCUGCAGUAAAUUAGGUUUAAAAAUGAAAAACAUGCACAUAAUUUUGGUAAUCAUUGGGUGGCAUUGAUGUAUGCAAAACCUAGUGCAACUCCCAACUUUACAUAGCGCCACUUCACUUCCUGUGAGGCAUUAAUUCAUCUGACACGAGUGCUUUGUCACGACCACAUGCUGAAUUAGCUACUUAAUGAAGAAGGCGUUGUUCCCACGAUAGCUAAAUCACAAGGCACCUCUCCCAGUGAUGCCAAAUGAACUGCUUUCUUUUCGGUUAACACGAAAAUUAGCAUGAAAAUGAAAACGUAGUCUUCCGAGUGAUCAUCAGAUCACUGCGCAAUCAUUCCAUAGUUCCACACUGCCAGGGAAGUCACGGCCAUUUUUUCCCAUCUUUUUAUAAAUGAUGAUGAUGUCAAGACAUCUGUCAAAAAUGGUGAGUCUGGUAUUACUUCUUGACCUCCCUGAAAUGCCCCCUUGAAGGGGUUACUAAUCUGUGGAAGGAAAUCUCGUGGAAGAACCAGCAUCCCACUUUCAGCACAAACACAAGAAUUGACUUCCACAUUCUUUCUCAGCAUCCGUCUGCCCUUUUUAAUGGAAAAACCUGGUGCCUGGUGAUUUUAGAGCUACACUACAGGUGGGAAUGGCCCAGAUUGUCUGCCCAUACAAGAGUCAAAGCCAUUCGAACACAGUAGUUAAUAAAUAGAGAGUCUUAUAUUAAGUCUGAGUAUAUUGCAACCAAAGGAAAAUGCCAGUAUGGAGCGUAUUGGAACAUUUACCAAACGUGUAAGCAAGAGAGUCUGAAAAAGGCUGCAUUCCCUUCUGUUGAGUUUACAUUUGCACGACCGUCCAAUAUUUAAUACUGUUAAUACUUCAUCUCUUCAUUUCAUACUUUUUAUUUCACUUUUAAACAUUGUCAUAUCUGCAGAUUAAUUGAUAUGUAAUGUUGAGGGUUACAAAAUAUGUAUUAUCUUACUAAAUGUAAAUAUUUGAAGUCCCUGAAACAAACCUGUGCCAUAGUUUGGAGCCCCCUACUGCAGUAAGUAAGAUUGACGCAUUUGUACAGUAUAACUUUUUAUUACCUAUAUAUAUAUAUAUAUAUAUAUAUAUAUAUGUCAUUUAAGCUUUUACAUAGGUAUCAUACUAACCUUCUUUGGCAAACUAAUUACUUAUAUUGCACGCUUGAACAGAGAUGGACAGCUCCAGUCCUUGAAGGGCGCACAGCCUGCUGGUUUUUGUUCUGCUUUCACCCUUAAUUGUCAUUAUUUAGACAGAGAAUCGGGUCAUGCUGUGUGUAUUCAGCCGGUUAUUCUCCGCCCUCAACCGGCUGGAACCGCUCCGGAAAGUGACCCGUUCGCAUAUCCACGAGCAGCACACGGCUCUGUGAUAAUUGGGUGAGUGUUCCAGACGGCCAGCAGAGGGCGCCCGUGUUCGCUCAUCCCAUCCCUCCCGCUUCUAUCAACGCGACCACAGUGCCGCCACACGACCGGCUUAAUAGCGCGCUUCAUUUUCAGAAUCCCUAGCUCGUGUAGUCGUUUUACUUUGCAGUGUCAGUGAAGAGAGCUGUGUUUGUGGCUUGCGGCAGCCCGAUAACGUAGAUGAGCGCUUGUCACCAGAGGGGCGGGAGUGGCCUGCCAAGUCGACAGCGGUGCCAGCGAGUCCCUUUGACCCCGUGCGUCCAGGAGCGUGCCCUGACUCGCCCGUGUUAAGACUGCGCGUGAUGCCUUAGAGUUCACGGUCCCGCCGUGCGCGUUGCUCACCACCACCGUGCGCGUACGUGUGAUUAUCUUCCGGUGACCGCGGGGGGGACUCGCAGUCAGCGCUGACGCGGAAACGUCUUUCCCCGCGACUGUCCAAUACCGGGGGCCCGCUUGCCCGUUUCGCGUCCCUCGGCUUGCUCUGGGUUGUGCUACGUUUUCCCGCUAGCUCGCGCUCGUGGGUGAAAACAUAAAGCCUUUCUCACCUCUGUUUCUUAGUACCUCCAUUUUUCUCAUGAAUGGAAGAGAUAAAAACAGGAGAUCUGGCAUUUGAUGCCUUUCCGCGCUCAUGAUAAAAGCUCUCCUCGAGUCCAGACCAGAAACAGCGCUGAAGUCACGCUGCUCAGACAAGAGGCUCUUGUCGGCUGGUGUAACGAGUGCCUGGGAUGUUGUGACGGAUGCGUUUAAGGGCUGGAAGUUGCUGUUGACCUGCCCGUCGAGCCGUGCACAGAGGCGCGGGUUAGAGCCCAGCGCGUAACUCUCGUUUGUGGCGAUCGGUGUUCACUGGACCAGCAGUCGCAACUGCAGCCGACAAACCCUCGCUCCACUCGUCAAGAUAUUCUGUCUAGAUGACAACCAGCAUCACUUCAAUUAGUGCAGGAGCGGGGGUGAGGUGCUGUAUUUGUGUUCAAACCAUAGCGCCUGUCUUUCUUUCCAGAUAGGAGGGUAAGAGGGUAUGUCCAGAUCCACUGGCAGGGAAUUCAUAUAGAGGGUUACUAGGUUGCAUUGUAUCAUAUACACUUCUGUCUAUUAUUCUUUUUGUAUCUGUGUGUGUACAUAUACAGUAACUAUAAAUGUGUUCACGUAUAUGAAUGUAUGAGCAAAGUGUCUGUAAUUGUCUGCUAUUAGUGUGUUAGCUUUUCUAUACUAAUAUAUGCUCCAUAGCCUCACAACAUUCACUGAAGGCACAAAAGGUUCCAUGUCACAGCAUCUGUUCUCUCCCAUCUGAUUUUCCAUAGCAUGUACGUAUUCUAUACGCCUUUAAAUAUCCAAAUGCAAAUAAACAGUGACUUUUCUUUAUUGGCUGUAGUAAGGAAAGUUCCGUUCUUGUAGAGCGAUGGCUGGGAUUUUCAAUAGUGUGUUUUGCUGGUUGAACCCACUAGUGUCAGCAGGAUAUUUUUUGGACCCGGGCUUGUGGGUCGAUAGCAGCCUUCCUCCAUGGUGACCCGGCCACCAGCCCCUCCCUGCAGUGCUCUCACUCUCAUCCAGCCGCCACCUGCUAACCAGUGCCAUUUCCACGGUCAUGCCAACCGCACAAACGAAGGCUUCUCUAAUUGUAUUUUUUUAAAUGGGUGAGGAAACACAUAUCUAAACAUUCCUGAAUUGUAAUCUGGAGACCUAGGCUAUAUACAACCUAACCUACUGUAGUUAAAAAUAUAUACAAAAAAAAAACGUUUUGCCAUGUGAUCACUCCUACAAACAUACAGGCUGUAGUAC